GCGCUGCACUGGCACCCCACACUGCCAGUGCUGUCGGUGGUCGGAGGUUCGGCGCCUUGGCAUAAAUAAAAAAGUUCAAGAGUUCCUUCCGGCGGCAGAGGGUGUCAGCCGUAUAUUUACAAAGACUCACUACGGGUUGUCUGCCAACGAUGUCAGAUCCCGGUUUGAAAAUGUCGAAGAACUUGAAACGGAAGAGGGAAGUGGACACCGAACUGGUGCAGGUUUACGAACAGCUCGCCGAUGACAAUGAGUCGGUUCGCCUCAAGGGUGCCCAUACCCUGGUGUCGAAGAUCUUCAAGCCGGGCGUCACCAGUGCAGAACAGACGCGGACAAUUUUGACAAGGUUGUUUCGCGGCCUCUGCAGUAGUCGAAAAGCUGCACGACUUGGCUUCUCUGUUGCAUUGACGGAGCUGCUUUCACAAUUGCCCCUGGAGUUGGAUUCAGGUUCAGAAAUCAGCUUGUCGGUCGGGACCAUUGUGGACAUUCUCGAGGCCCAGACCGUCCCGGAAGGCGGCACAAGCGGUCAAGAUGAGCGUGACCACUACUUUGGUCGAGUUUUUGGAGCCGAUGCGGUGCUGAAGUCCGGGGUUCUUCUGAAGAAGCCCGAUCUCGCUGUCUGGAAGCGCCUGUUGGAUUUGAUCUGCAGCUUGGCCAUCAAGAAACCCUGGCUUCGUCAAGAGUGUGGCUGGAUUUUGGUGAAUUGUAUUGUGUUGAAUCGUGAGAAACUGCCGGAUACUUUUGUAGCCGAGAUCAUCGAACAACUGGCCGCGCACAAACUGGUCCGAUCGCCCGAAGGAGUUGCCAUCUGGUUGACGGCAGAGCGACUUUUUCCUUCGGCCAAUCUGCCGCGGUCGGUUUGGAAGCACGGGGACCCGCUUGCGAAGAAGGAUGUGAAUGUCCUGGCCGAGUUCCUUAAAGAUGCCCGAAGCCAGUCGUCAGAGCAAGAGGAUUCCGAGCUGGAAGUGCAGGGUUCAGCUAGGUGGUCUGCCAACCUUCAUUUUGCAUGGGACAUCGUGCUGGAUGAGAUCUUCCGAGGAGAAGCUUCUUCCAAGGGCAAAUCGGACAGGGUCACUUUCGACAAGUUCUGGGACACGGUUGUUGACAAAGGACUUUUUUCUCCCUCCAGCAGCACGGAACGAAAGGCUUGGGGGUUCAGUCUCUGGAGGAAGGUCUUUGAGAAAGCUCCUCAGCAUUUGCUAGAGCACACCUUUACGCCUCAAGCCACGCGUUGCCUCGCCAAUUCCUUGAAGAGCUCGGAAAGAUUCCUUCAGAAACAUGCACAGAGGCUGUCCCAGGCAUUCCACACUCGCCUUGUUCCCGAGGACCGCACCGCUCGCAGGCAUGGGGUGACGGGGGCCUGCAUCCGGGCACUUCUCGAGAGUGUUUCUUACGGCGACUUUGAUCAGCUCACCAAGUCCAAGACGUUCCAGAGUUUUGUGGAGUUGGAAGAUCCCCAGAUUCUCGAGGCUGUUUAUUGGACUCUAGACUCAGUCUUGAGAACAAAAUCAGCUGAAGACGAAGACCCCAAGACCACCCUGAUCCGGCAAAAGACUUGCAUCAGCCUGGAAUCAAAGGUGGUUUCGGCAUUGUUGCGCAGUCCAGACCAGAAGACGCAAACGCAUACUGAAAGCAGCGCUGACGCCACUAAACAGAGGACUGAGCUUGCGAAAAUCAUUUUGUCGGUGUGGGUAUCAGAGGUCUGUUUCUGGGCCCACCCCGAUGCCUCUAGACAUGACACCAGGGAACAUACCAUCCAUACCAUCCUUCCCGAGGUAUGGGAAUUUCUCAAGGAGCGUUUUACUCUUGCCUUGGAGCAAGCACUGAGGCUAGGCCCCAUCGGGGCCGACGUCUUGCUCGAAGUUGUCCUUCAUAUUCCAGACAUUGAAAAGAAGAUUCGCAAAGCAAACACCUUUGACGACAGCGUCCAAGAUAUAGUGCAGAAGGGGUGGCACGUGCUCAAGAAUAUCCCAACAACGUUUCACACGCCUGAAAAGAAACGCGCAUCAGCAGCCCGACAGAAGGAAACAAAGGCGAAGACAACGACCAACGACACCACCAAUGGUACAUUUCCCACAUUUGCAGAUGGCCUGUCGCUGCUCUAUGCCGUCGUGCUCCUGCAGGCAUACCUUGAUGAGACGGAUGCGGUCGAGAUAUUACAGGAACUCCUCCAACACCAGCAGCAAUGGGGAUUGGAAAAGCAAAAGCGCAAGGCUAAGGACAGUGGUGCAAGUGCAGUUCCCGAGUCGAUCGACGACAUAGUCGAAAUCAUCCUGAGCUUCGCAUCCAAGCCAUCCAAGUUUCUCAGACGGAUCUCGGUCGAGAUUUUCGAUGCGUUUGCCCCGCACAUAACCGAGCAAGGGCUGGAGUCUCUGUGUCAGAUCCUGAAAACCAAAGAGAAUGCACAGGGCCAGCAGGAGAUGUUCCAAGCAGAAGAAGACGUCGACAUGGAAGAUGGAGAUGAUUCGGACGUGGAAGUAGACUCGGAUGUCGAAGUCGAGUCCGUUUCCGAGUCUGAUGAUGACGACGACGAUGCUUCCUCGUCUUCCGCUGCCUCUGAGGACGAGGAAGGCGAAGAAGACGACGAUGAAGACGAAGAACUCGCCAAGUUUGACGCCGCACUUGCCUCGGCUCUAGGCACACGACCACUUGACCAGAACGACGUUGCUGCCGACAACGACGAGGAUGAUGAAGACUCCGACCAAGACAUGGGCGACGACGAAAUGAUGGAGCUGGACAACAAACUGGCCGAAGUGUUCCGGGCGCGACAGACCAAAAGCAAGAAAAAGGAAGCAAAGGACGCGCGUGAGAACGUGGUCAACUUCAAGAAUCGGGUGCUGGACCUGAUCGAUUCGUACCUCAAACAUCAGCAGCAUAACCCUUUGACUAUCAAUCUACUUGUGCCGCUGCUGAGACUCGCACGCACCACACGCACCAAGCAGCUGGCCGAUCGGGCAUGCAACAUUCUGCAACAGUUCUGCGCCCGCUGCAAGGGGUUCAAUGUCCCCCAACUGAACAAUGCUUUAGAGCCCGAUCCAUCGCUUGCUGUCCUCGAGACUCUCGUGGGUAUCCACGAGGAAGCGGCGCGCGAAUCGUCAAACGCCCACUCCAGCGUCGCCAGCCAGGCGAGCAUUCUGGUCGUCAAAGUCCUCGUCAAGGCCGACCCAGGUCAUAUCGAGGAUAUAGUCGACAUCUACGCCGACACCAGGCGGAGACAGUUGACCGACAAGAGUGCCCGCAUCCUGCCGGGUUUCUUUACCGAUUGGAACAAUUGGUGCCAGAGUGCGAGGGAGAGAUUGAUUCAGCAGAUGGGCCUGAUCCAAAUUUGAGAACGGACACAACACCUAUGGUUUCACCUGCCCCAGACAUUGCUGAAGCUGGAUGGGUAUGUGUUCAUCUAUGUAGUGAUAUGUAAAUGCAUGCGUCUACGGUGUACCUGUUUAUGUCGGUACAUGAACCAGCGCCUAUAGAUAGAUACCAUAGUUGCAGUCGUGUGUGGACAGGAUGCUUUGCUCGCAGUAUAUAAGUCCCCUCGUGAGCAGAAGUGAGACAAAAAAUAUCAGUACUUCUCACUCGGUGCCACAGUGACACCCUCUUCGACCUCAUCAUCACCUUCCCCAUCUCCGCUCGCCGGUCCAACGCGAUCACGCGCGGUCGUCUUCUCAUCCACGUCAUUUGCAUUGUCCACAUCCAUGCCCAAAGUCAGUGGCUCGACCGAAUCCCCAAAGACCUGGCCAAUAUCCUCAAGCGAACGGCCCUUCGUCUCCGGGAAAUAGAACCACACCACCAAGAAGAUGACAGUGGUGACAGCAAUAAACACCAGAUAAUAUUUCCACUUGAUGGCAGCAAACGCCGACGGAGCGGCCUGCAAAAACACAAUCGUGGCAAUAAACAGGCCUGAAAUCGAGACCGCCAAACCCUUUGCGCGCACGGGAGUGGGGAAGAUCUCAGCCGCAUAAAUAUAGCUGGUGGCGUCGCAGCAGGCCGAGAAGAAGGCGAUAUGCAAAAACAGGAAAAACACAGCUGCGCUGGCGGAUCCAUGGGAUCCCGUCCGUUGGAACACGUCGACCGUCGCGCACUCGCCAAUUAAGGCGACCACGCAUCCAGCGAAUCCGACCAUGAGCAUUCGUGUGCGGCCGAAUCGGUCAACGACGAGAGAGUUGAGUAAAUUGCCGAAUGGGCAGACGGUGAUCCAGCAGCCUUGGAUGACGAGUUGGGGCACAGUAGAGAAGCCGAGUGAGGCGUAGAGGGAGGGGCCGUAAUCUAGAGAGAGAGAUCAGAGGUAAGUAUGAUAGAAACACCAAAGAACAAAAAAGGGGUCGUCAAGAAGUGGUCAUGCAAGGUGACCAGGUAAAGUGAUGCAAAAGAGUAAAACUCACUAUUGAUAACCAAAGUUGCCGUGCCCUGGCAUCCAAACAUAGUCAACCAGCCGACGAGACAUCUCUUGCGGAAAUGGGGCAACUUGAACAAUGAGACCAACGACAACUCCUCCUGUUUCUCAUGCAACAGCUGGCCCUGCAACAACUUGAACUCGGCACGGAUGGCAUGUUCAUUGUUCAACAUGGCAUCGUCGCUCUCGGCGCGCACCGCCACGAAAGACUUGUACGCCUCAUCGACGCAGUUCUGGUCGAGCAGCCAGCGGGGCGAUUCGGGCAGGAACAGAACGCCCAGCGACAGAAACAAGGGUGGCAAACACUGGAUGGCCAGAGGGAGCCGCCACUGCGCACCGCUCGCGUUGACGAAAUAAAACCCGAGCCCGAUCCAGCUGGCUAGGGAGUAGCCGACACAGAUUAACACGCCGUGCAUGCCGACCAACAGACCGCGAAUGCGAGGCGGAGCAAUCUCCGACUGAUACAGAGGUACCAGACCGACCAGAGCCCCGAUGCCGAUCCCCGUCAGGAACCGCAUCACCAGGUACAUGCCGAUGUUGACGCUGCCGGCUUGCAGCGCGCCGCCGAUGAGGGUGAUGAUCGCGUACAACAGCAGGGCCUUGCGGCGGCCGAGCCAGUCUGGCGUCUUGAUGAUCGAGAGAGCUCCCAACAGACCGCCCGCCUGGAAAAGUCCGUUGAUCGCCCCCGUCAGGUCCGUCGCAUUGGAUCGCGUGUCCAGGUCAAAGUACGCGAUGAACGAGGGCUGCCCCAGCGUCGUCGCAAUAAUACUGCUGCAGUAGCCAUACGUCAGGGAUCCGAGUGCGACGAAUAUGACUAUCUGUGCGAGACAACAUCCGCCCGGUCAGUCUAUGAAUGAAUAACAACAUAACAUAUCCGGUUUGGUAUAAAGUGAGGUGGUCUUGAAGGCUUGGGGUGGGUUGUAUGGACAUACCAAAAACCGAACGGCGGUCGGCGAAAGCACCAUGCUGGGCUAAGGGCAAGAAGACAAGGCUCGAUUUAGUCACGUCGAGCCCUCACACCUUCUGUCGUUGUCGUGAUACGGGGAGUGUCGAUGGGGAGGGAAGUCAGAAAGUUUCCACAACCCACGGCUGCCGGAAUGGUCAAAAAAGCCUUUUGGUUCUCUCCCCUGGUACUCGGACCAAACCCUGCAAGCUUCGUCGAGGCCUGGAGUCUGGGGUAGAGAUGUCUUAUACGAGUAGACUCACGUACAGUGUACUAGGUAGCCGGAAAGGGGCUCGAGCUGCCAACCCCCCCAAGCCCCGGCGAUCGGUCCAGGAGACUUGAUGGGACAUGGCCGGCGACGUCUUUGUUGGAUGGAGCGCCGACAGAGAUUUUCCUGGGACACUGUUAGCUGCCGAGUGGUCUGUCGUUCGCAUCCCCAACCAGGAGGGAAGCAGUGAAGGGAGAAAACAGACCGGUUGAAUUUUAGCUGGAAGCAAAUGGAUCAAAAGGUCGAGGCCGACUCCACCAAAUGGUGUAUCUUAUACCAUGCCCACGAAUCGCCAUGAUGCAUAAAGAACCCGCGUUGAGCCCGGUCCAAUUCGCUUGUCAACCAGAAGCCAACGCCACGGGUUUAGUGCCAGAACAAUU